AUGUCAUCCAACUGCACCAGCGUCGCGCCUGUCAGCGCCAGCAAAACCAAGACGAAAAAGAAGCAUUUUAUAGGACAGAAAGUCAAAUUGUUCCGUGCAAGCGAACCCAUCCUCAGCGUUUUAAUGUGGGGUGUGAAUCACACGAUUAACGAGUUAAGUAAUGUGCCUGUACCAGUAAUGCUGAUGCCAGAUGAUUUUAAAGCCUACAGUAAGAUCAAAGUGGACAACCACCUAUUCAACAAAGAAAACCUUCCUAGUCGCUUUAAGUUCAAAGAAUAUUGUCCCAUGGUGUUCCGAAACCUGAGGGAGAGGUUUUCCAUCGAUGACCAAGACUACCAGAACUCUCUCACACGGAGUGCUCCCCUCAAUAGCGACCCCCAAGGUCGCUUUGGUAAUCGCUUCCUUUCCAGCUACGACCAUCGAUUUGUAAUAAAAACUGUGUCCAGUGAGGAUAUCGCUGAGAUGCACAAUAUCUUAAAAAAAUACCACCAGUUUAUAGUGGAGUGUCACGGCAACACGCUGCUCCCCCAAUUUCUGGGUAUGUAUAGGCUUACAGUGGACGGGGUGGAGACGUACAUGGUAGUGACCCGGAAUGUAUUCAGCCAUCGCCUGACUGUCCAUCGCAAAUAUGACUUGAAGGGUUCUACAGUCGCAAGGGAAGCGAGUGACAAGGAAAAGGCGAAAGAGCUCCCUACUUUAAAAGAUAACGACUUCCUGAAUGAAGGCCACAAACUGGAAAUAGGAGACGACAACAAGAAGUACUUUUUAGAGAAGCUAAAACAUGAUGUUGAGUUUCUGGCCACUCUGAAGAUCAUGGAUUACAGUCUUCUGGUGGGGAUCCACGACGUGGAUCGAGCAGAGCAGGAGGAGAUGGAUGUGGAGGCUGGUGCAGAUGAGGAAGAGUAUGAGAAUGACGGGAUGGGCGGAGGCGUCCUGACAGGCUCCUUUGGCACACCGCCCGACAGCCCAGGCAACCCUCUUAAUUGUGGGUUCUUCGGGCCCGGGGAUUUUGACCCCUCUGUUGAUGUUUACGCAAUCAAGAGCCAUGACAGUGCUGUCAAGAAAGAGGUGUACUUCAUGGCGAUCAUUGACAUCCUUACACAUUAUGAUGCGAAGAAAAAAGCUGCACAUGCUGCCAAAACUGUGAAACACGGGGCAGGGGCUGAGAUCUCGACGGUGAACCCAGAGCAGUACUCCAAGCGCUUCUAUGAGUUCAUGUCCAAUAUCUUGUCGUAG